AUGCUGAACUUCAACGUCGCCGAUGUCAAGCAGCUCGCAAUAAUGUUAUGGAUAGACUUAGAGAUGUUGAACAACAACCUUAACCUUUACGAUUGUUGUGGACAUGGAUCGGUAGUUUUAGACCCUGCACCUGCGUUUCCUGAUGAACUUUGUAUUAGCACAAUGGAUCUUAAUGUUGAGUCGUGGAUCUAUCCCCUGUUUUAUCUUUAUGGUACACAAGGAUAUAAAAUGGCAAUAAGAAAUCACGAAUUUAAUCAAUUUCUCAUGGGUCGAAGACUGUUUCAGCAAUGGAUUAUAGAUUUUUAUGUAAAAAUAGAAAAAGAUAGAAUUCAAUACAUCAGAGGCCAUCAAAAAGAAAUACGAGCAGAUACGUAUAAAGGUUUACAUGAUUAUAUGGAAAAUGCUGCUGCUUAUGAUGAUGCUCGAAUAGGUAAAACAAUUAUUUUACCAUCAACGUUCAUAGGUUCACCUCGUCAUAUGCAACAAUGUUAUCAAGAUGCAAUGGCUAUAGUUAACGAAAAAGGUAAACCAUGUCUUUUUCUAACCAUGACCUGCAAUCCGAAGUGGAAAGAAGUUGAAGAAAUUCUUCUUCCUCAUCAACAAGCUGCUGAUCGGCCAGAUCUUUGUGCUAGAAUUUUUGAUUUGAAAAAACAACGUUUAUUUAUAUCAGCUGAAAUACCUAAUGCAGCAGAUAAUCCCCGACUUCAUGAGAUCGUAAUGAAAAAUAUGAUGCAUGGACCAUGCGGUGACUGGUGCAUGGUUGAUGAUAAAUGUUCCAAACGUUUUCCAAAAAAUUUUCAAAAUGAAACAGUAAUGGAUGAGAAUGGUUAUCCUUAUUAUCGUAGAAGGAAUAAUGGCACUACUCAUGAACAAUCAAAUGGUCGAAUAGUUGACAACAGAUAG